AAAUGGGGACCUCGAGCUGCCCCAAAGUUCGCUUCGUCCUCUUGAAGGGAUUCUCAGUAGUUCCUUCUUGAGUUCUUUGGGCAGCCAUGGCGGCCUCUGCAAAGGUUCUUGCUCUCGUAGUCUUCAUGGUCGUAGCCAUAUGGAUGGCAGAAGUUGAGGGAGUGCUAGGGAAUGCAGAACAUAAUGAAAGGAGUUUAAGGGGAAUACACACCAAUCUGAGAGGCUACCAGUGCCCUGGGAAGUGCCAGUAUAGAUGCAGCCAGACUCAGUACAAGAAGCCUUGCCUCUUCUUCUGCAACAAGUGCUGCAACAAGUGCCUGUGUGUGCCCCCUGGUUUCUAUGGCAACAAACAGAUCUGCCCUUGCUACAACAACUGGAAGACCAAGAGGGGAGGACCCAAGUGCCCUUAAUUAGUCCGUUUCUCUUUGUUGUUCUUCUUUUUCUCUUGUUUCCUUCCAUGUUCCGGUUGAUGGCCUUGUGAGCUUCCUUCGUUGCGCAUUCUCAUGGGCUUCCUGUUUUGCUGCAACGAAGUGGCAUUUGCAUGGUCAGAAGAAAUUAGCUUCUCGAUUGCCUUUGGCUCUUGAUGUUUUAAGUGAUACAUAAACUGUUAGAAUAUUGCAGCGAUGCAAUUGCCCUCAAGGUUUCAUUUUCCUUUUUUCUCA